CGCCCAAAAAACUUGACAUCUCUCUGGUUGUAACCCUAAAUUCACAAACAGUCAUCAGCCAUCGAUCCGAAACCAUGUCAAAAUUGCCCCCUGUGACCAUCGUCGGACCUGGACCUCGUAGACCUAGAGUGCGUCAAACACUAGUCGUAUGGGAGAUUGAUAGUUACUCAGUCCCUGAAAGUUUCGAUCCUUUUUUUAUCCACGACCAAAUCAAAUCAGCUCUUAGCAAGAAUGGUAUUAUAAGGAGGGGGGGGGUCGUGUCCGUCUGGAUUUUCGGUGCUGCUGAGAAUACAUGGUUGCAAGGAAUGUUCGACAAACUUUGGGAAGCCGGAUUUCAAGUCAUUCUCUACAAAGGGGAUGCACAUGCCGGAUUGCGCAGGAUUAUAAGGGAUAUUACUUUCUGGUCAUUCAACUUGAAGGCUCCACAUAAUACAAAUUUUCUGAUACUGUCAGAAAAUUAUGACAAGAUUGAACAAGACCCCAGAUUCUGCAGAUUUUGUCAAGCUUUAGAAAACAAAGGUUUGUACGUUGUCGCAACAAACUUUGAGUCUCUCAUUAACCCUGAAACUGCAUCUGCCUUGGCAAUUACCCUCGCAGAGCCACCAAAACCUUACGGGAUUCUCACAUCUUCUCGCUCGCCUUAGAACUGCCCGUACCCCUGAAGACAAAGCUUAACUUGUAUCAUCGGCCUGUCUGUAUUUAUUUGACAAAUCCCUUUUUUAUUUGCUACUUAUCAUUAGUAUGUAUAACCUUUGUUCAUCACCAUCUAUUUAUGCUUUUUGUAUCCAUAUAUGAAUGAUGCUUGCUUUCUUGCUUACUCCUUA